CAAUGCGCAAGGUAUACUUUUCAUUGAUUGAAACGAGAGCUUCGAAGUAUUUGUGAGCACUGACGUAUUGUGAGGCGGCUGACUCGCGCUACGUAGAAAUUGUGUGAGAAGCAAGAAGGAGAAAUAUUAGACAGAUUUUUGCACUUGACACGAACAGUGUGACAGUACAGUCCACCGAUAUUGCGCGCAACAGUUGAGCGCGUAUUCGCAAGUGGUCAGGCGCUGCUUGACACAUUAUAUAGACGCUCAUAAACGUGUCGAUCACUUGUUCGAGCAAGAUUUCUCACGGUUAUGUGCAAUUCAGAUAGAGGAUGUGACAAGCUAUUGCAAGAAACAAAUGCACGCCGUUUUCUCAUAAACUACAAAUACCGCCUUCUAUUUUGUUAGACAGCUAUUUUCGCGAAAAAUCGUGAACGAUACACUCUCCACAGCAUGGAUUCUGAAAUAUCGGCAGAGAAAUCAUAUAUCAUAGAGGUACGAUGUCAAGCCAUACGUUCGGCGUUCGGUUUCAUUGAUCAUUAUUUUCUCGUUGCUGGCAAUUUGGAGUACCACAAAGAUCUUUUUAAAAAUGGUCCGAUUUUACCCGCCGGUACAACCAAAGGAGCGCACACGAUCUGUGAAAAAACUGUUUGCGAAAAUUGCUACGCGAACAUAAUACGAACGUAUGUAACGCCGGAGAAAAAACGGUUGACUUCCCUCUCUUCCUUUGUGAAUUUCGAAGCAUUGGCUAUGAAUUUUAGCUCGCAGACAACGAUCGUGCUGUUUACACCGUUCAUUGCAGGACUGAUCGGUUUGGGCCAAUACCUUUACGCUAUUAUACUAACUCUCAUCGGAGUGCUAAUAUUACUCGUAUGGAGCAAAUACGUUUUUAGUCGUAAGAUCAGAGUUUCGUGUUGGCAUCUUAAGGACAGGGAAUAGAAUGAUUUAUUUUU